AUGGUGACGACGAAACGGGGACGAGGGCGGCCGAAAUCCACGGUGCCACUGUCACCGAAGACUCUUACUAGCUUGAAGACUCCUGAGAUUGAAUCAAGAACUACCACCGUAACAGAUAAAUAUGUGACAAUCACACUCGAGAAUGAAAACAAGGAAACCCUAACAGAAAUGAUACAAACACAACCGGAGGAGUGUAAACUAUGGGUUGAUGUUAUUAAUGACAACCGGAACCCUGCAAAGGGACUGGCCAUGGAAUACGUUGCGCCAAAGGUCGUCAAUGAAGUGAUUGAAAUCGAUAUUGAACAAGAAGAUAUCGAAACGAAAAUACAAUUUUGGGAUAAUGCUCUAAUCCUUUAUGUUGUGGGGGACGAUUUGAGUAUGAACACGGUGAAGAACUUUAUGCAGAGAAUGUGGAAUUUCGUGAAAAUGCCAGAUCUUUAUUACCAUGAUGACGAAUAUUUUCUGCUCAGAUUUAACUCCCAGGAAGAUAACGAAGCAGUCAUGAUGAAAGGCCCAUACAAGAUUCGAAAUAUGCCCAUGAUAUUGAAGGAAUGGCAAUUUGGUUUCAACUUAAAGAAGGAUCUGCUAAGAACAUUACCAAUAUGGGUCAAACUCCCCCAACUUCUCCUGCAUCUAUGGGGGGCAAAAAAGUCUUAG